AUGCAGGAAGAAUCAAAAGAAGAUCGAAACAAUACAGUGUUCCUGGACCAAAAAGAGCUAGUCAGAUUCCCAGCUUUUGAAGAUGUAGCUUACGAGCAAAAACCAAUGGUACAGGAGGAAGAAGUCCAAGCUUCCUGUAAAAAUUCAUUUCCAGGAAUCGAUGGAAAACCAAGAAAAUGUCACUUGUAUGAAGUGGAAAAUGGAUAUGUUGAUCAUGCACAGCGUUAUUAUCUACAAGGCCAGUCUGUAAAUAUUCGGUGUAAUCGUGGCUACAGUCUCCCGAAUGGACACACCUCCAUCACAUGUACGGAGCAGGACUGGUCCCCUUCUCCCAGAUGCGUUCGUGUCAAAACAUGUUCUAAAUCAGAUAUAAACAUUGAGAAUGGAUUUCUUUCUGAAUCUCAGUUUACAUAUCCUGUCAAUAAACAAACACAAUAUACAUGUAAACCAGGAUAUGUGACGGCAGAUGGUAAAGCAUCGGGAUUCAUUUCAUGCUUGGAAAGUGGAUGGUCAAUUCAACCGACAUGCAUUAAAUCGUGUGAUGUGCCAGUAUUUGAGAAUGCCAGAGCCAAACAUAAUGGGACAUGGUUCAAGCUUCAUGACCAGCUGGACUAUGAAUGCCAUGAAGGCUAUGAAAAUGCAGGAGGAAGCACCACAGGCUCUGUAGUAUGUGGUGAGGAUGGCUGGUCUCAUACACCCAUCUGCUAUGAAAGAGAAUGCAGUGUUCCUAAUAUACUACAAUAUUUAGAAGCUUCACCUAAGAAAGACAAAUAUAAAAUUGGAGAUGUCCUGAGGUUCGCCUGUAGACAAAAAUUAAAAAUAAUUGGAGCAGAUUCUAUUCAGUGUUAUCACUUUGGAUGGUCCCCUGAACCGCCAACAUGUAAAGGAGAAGUAAAAUCUUGUGGCCCUCCGCCUCCCCUCCCCAAUGGGGCAGCUAAGCAGAGAGAGAAAGAAGAGUAUGAGCAUGGUGAAGUGGUGGAAUAUGACUGCACACCUCGGUUCCUAAUGAAGGGGGCUCAGAAAAUUCAGUGUGUGGAUGGAGAUUGGACAACUCUGCCUACUUGUGUUGAGGAGCAGCGCACAUGUGAAAACAUACCAACACUUGAGCAUGGCUAUGACUUGCCCUCUGACCCUCCCUAUCACCACGGAUAUUCAGUGAAAUUCAAGUGCUCAGAAACAUUUUCCAUGGUUGGAGACGCAUCAGUCACAUGUGAUCGUGGAAAGUGGACUCAGCUUCCUCAGUGCAUUGCAACAAGACAACUGAAGAAAUGUAGAUAUCCAAAUCGACUUAAAUUUGAGUCCAUCUCAUCAGAUCAGAUUGACUUCAGUCAUAAUGGAACCUUAAGUUACAGAUGUAAAGGAAAAUCAGAUAAAAAAUCAAUAUGCAUAAAUGGAGUGUGGGAUCCCAAGAUAACUUGUGCAGGAUAAUUGAGAAACUAAUCAG